AAUAUCUGGGUCAGGGUUGUCACUCCGAAUAGGUUCCCCCGGAGCCGGCCUGCGGGAGGCGCGGCCGGGAGUAGGCCUGGGCCCACGGGCCGGGAGCAGCAGGGGAGUGGCGGGCGGCCCUCGGCGGGGUAGCAGAGGCAGCUGGCCGGGCGCGGGCGGCGGCGCGAGCUGGGCGGACGUGCUCCGCGCGGUCUCCCCAUGGCGGGGAGCGGGCCGCGGCGGCGGCGGCGCUGACCGGCCGGGACUGGGCGGGCGGGCCCGGGCGGGGGCCUGGGGCUGAGGGAAGAUGAGCGCUCUCCUGGAGCAGAAGGAGCAGCAGGAGAGGCUGCGGGAGGCCGCGGCCUUGGGGGACAUUCGGGAGGUGCAGAAACUGGUGGAGAGCGGGGUGGAUGUGAACUCCCAAAAUGAGGUCAACGGCUGGACCUGUUUACACUGGGCAUGUAAACGCAAUCAUGGUCAAGUGGUUUCUUACUUGUUAAAAUCAGGAGCUGACAAAGAGAUUCUUACCACAAAGGGAGAAAUGCCAGUCCAAUUAACAUCAAGGAGAGAAAUUAGGAAGAUUAUGGGAGUGGAAGAUGAUGAUGAUGACCAUGACGACCUCCCCCAGCUGAAGAAGGAGUCAGAGCUGCCCUUUGUUCCGAACUAUUUGGCCAACCCAGCCUUCCCUUUCAUCUAUACCCCUGGGUCGGAGGAUUCAGCCCAGCUGCAGAAUGGGGGCCCCUCCACACCUCCUGCAUCACCCCCUGCAGAUGGCUCGCCUCCAUUGCUGCCCCCUGGGGAACCUCCCCUGCUUGGGGCCUUUCCACGGGACCACACCUCUUUGGCACUGGUUCAGAAUGGGGAUGUGUCUGCCCCACCUGCCAUACUCAGAACACCAGAAAGCACAAAACCGGGUCCUGUUUGUCAGCCACCGGUGAGUCAGAGUCGCUCCCUGUUCUCUUCUGUCCCGUCCAAGCCACCAAUGUCUCUGGAGCCUCAAAAUGGGACGUAUGCAGGACCAGCGCCAGCAUUCCAGCCAUUUUUCUUCACCGGAGCAUUUCCAUUUAAUAUGCAAGAGCUGGUACUCAAGGUGAGGAUUCAGAACCCAUCUCUUCGAGAAAAUGAUUUCAUUGAAAUUGAACUGGACCGACAGGAGCUCACCUACCAAGAAUUGCUCAGAGUGAGUUGCUGUGAGCUGGGUGUUAAUCCUGAUCAAGUGGAGAAGAUCAGAAAGUUACCCAAUACUCUGGUAAGAAAGGACAAAGAUGUUGCUCGACUCCAAGAUUUCCAAGAGCUGGAACUGGUUCUAAUGAUAAGUGAAAAUAAUUUUCUGUUCAGAAAUGCUGCAUCCACACUGACUGAAAGGCCUUGCUACAACAGGAGGGCUUCAAAACUGACUUACUAAUGCAGCAGGGACUUUUAUCACUGAGUACUGUGACAGUGUGCAUUACCUCUGGGCCAAGGACAAGCCAUUGAUCUAAAUGCCUUGGAUGCCCCAGAGGGCCCCUGGUGCCACUGCAUCAGAUACACUAACAUCGUUCUGCCAAGGUAGGAAGCCCCUGACCCCGAGCAGCGGUGCCACUCUUCCGAGCCUCUUGGUGCACAAUAAACCUAUUGCUUGAAGCUGUGAACAGCUGAGAAGUGGCCUGGAGAGGCAGAAGCCGACGGGUCUAUAUCCAAUGUGUUUUUUGUGCAGAAUGUAAGAGAGUUGUCUAACAGAAGCUGAGAGAGAGCAGAGCCUAUUUCUAGCUAGUCCUGUUGACAGUGCACCCGAAGGGCCGGGAAGCGCUUCUCUUGGUGUUGCGUGUUCACGACUCUCCAGAAACGUGAACUGACUAGAGAGGAAAACUGGGGAAAGCACAGGUACUGGACAUAGGAAUUUUGGUGUGACUUGUGGCUGUGAGGUUUCACAUAACAUACUUAUAAAUGUUACUCAGGUUAAAAUUAUUUAAGAAUACAGUUACCUAAUUGUAAAUAUGCUGUUAACCAAAAGAGCUUCCCCUCCCCGACUUUUUCCGUUGUAAACACUCUUGACUGCUUCUGUCUCUAGAUUGCCAUUGCCUAGACAGUCAUCUCUGCAUUAACGCCCCUUCGUGGUCACUAGAGGGCUCUCUGACGCCUUCUAAAAGAGCAACAGCUUUUUUUUUUUUUUUUUUUUUUUGCUUUUUUUUUUUAACUGAAGCGAUCCCUGUCUUCGUGUUUCUGUUUAAUUGCACUGAAAGAGAAGAGCACAAACAUUGCCAGUCCAUGUUCUCCACUUUCAUUUUCCACUACAAAUGAAAAGCAAUUUUCCAGACUGAAUCUGUUGCUAUUUUAAAGGUUAUUGUGGGAAACUGAGCUAAAAGGAGUUAGCAUCUUUAUUUUUGUAUCAAAGAUAAAGAUUAUUUUGAAACUAUUGGGAUUUUUACACAGCUCUGAAAUCUGUUGCUUUUGUAAACAAGUUGUUUGAUCUUGGGCAUCCUCCACAACCACCACCAACCUACUUAACAAAGUCAGUUGUGAGUCUACCAGGCUUUGUUCUCAAAACAAACAAAUACCUGAUUAAACUCUUGAGCAUGGCAUAAGAAUUUUUCUAAAGAACGCAUUUAAGGAUUCUUUUCCUUCCCUUCAGUGUCAUUAAUGUUAAAAAGAAAAGCUACUGUCUUGUUGAAAUAAACAGCUUAACUUUAGAAACAAGAAUGAGCACACUUAGACAAACAGGAGAGCAGGGGUUUGAAGCCAGCUGUUGAAGAACAUCCCUGCUGUCUUAAGAAGCUUUCCCCCCAUAGUGCCUAUAGUUUCCAAAGAAACUUAACUUCCUAACUGUGUUAAUUUUAUUGGAACACUACAGAUUGAGAGAGAACGUGCAGAAGAUGUCAGUGGAAGAGAAUGUUGUGCUAAGAUAAUGGCCUCCUGCUGCUGCUUAAAUGCUGAGCUGGGGUUGAGGUGUUUUCAAGGCCAAUGUGGAGUCACUCUGUUCAGUGACUUAAUUGUAUUACAGCAAUUAACGAUGGUGAGUUACUCACCCUUGUGCCGUGUUUGCCUAACAAACAGAGUAAAGGUUAUUUAUUACUCACUUUCUCUGAAGUACUUUAAAGAAGAAACUUCCCUUGUGUUUCAACCAGUCAGAAGAUAGUCUGUCCAGACAAACUAACCCUUUUUUUCCCUUACCUUCGAAAAAAGUUACAAUUUACUGAUACAGUUAAGGCUAGUUUUAUCCUGGAAUAAAUAAAUUCAGUAUUAAUUCAUGUCUAAAUCAUUGGGGUUAAUACUCUUCCAGCCAUACAGAUCAAUUAGAAAUUCUUGGAAGCAGUUGAAGCCCCUGGCUGGGAGGUGGCCUACAGAGGAGUAGCUCCAGGGCAUUUCCGGGGCUUAGAAAUGGAGGCCGGGGGAGUCUCAAGUGAGAGAUGGGCCCUGCCCUGCUCUCUCUUCUCCCUUAUAAAGUCCUCUGUGGUCAACUGACUCUUGCGUAUGGCAGUGAAUUAGACUGCACAGUUGCUGGUAGGUGAGUUUAAAGUCUUAAUCUAUGCAUUCAGAGAAAUAUUUUUAUAUGCUUUGUGUAAUUUAUAACAAGGAUUUUUUUUUAGCUUUGUUAACUGUGAAUUCGCCCCUCCUCCUCCACUGCAUAUUUAAAGCAUGUGCUCACACUGUGUGUAAACAUUCACUGAAGAUUUUUCUCUUCGUGAACUGCUGACUGUUCAAGCAUAACAAGUAUUAUUAAAAUUAAAUAUUAACUGA